ACAAGUGUGUGCGGCGCUGGGGGAGGGGGAGCGCUGCUCCUGCUCGCCAGCCGGGCCGCCCCGCCGCGGAGUCCGAGGAGCGAGGCUGACAGGAGGUCGUCUGGAGAGUUGGCUGGUGGACAAACCGAGCCUCCAGAAACAGCUUCAAGGUCUCACACCUUCAAAACCAAGUCUUUUAAGAUAUCCAAAAUUUGUGGAAUCUGCAAACAAGUAAUUGAUAGCCAAGGUGUUUCCUGCAGAGUUUGCAAGUAUGCCUGCCACAGGAAAUGUGAAGAAAAGGUGGUGACACCCUGCAUUUUUCUGAGCAACUACAAACCGGCUAACAAAUCUGAGGCUGUUAAAAAUCAUGUAACCAGAACCAAUUCCAGCAGUGCUUCAAAGAACUCCUCUUUCAGUUGUGACAAAGGAUCACGAAGUACAGACUUUGAUCACAUUAUGGAGGAAGGCUAUGAACUUGACCUCACUUACAUCACAGAGCGAAUCAUUGCUGUAUCCUUUCCUGCUAACUGUUCUGAGGAAACUUACUUCCACAAUCUUCAAGAUGUAACCCGAAUGCUCAGAUCCAAACAUGGAGAUAAUUACUUGGUGUUAAACCUCUCUGGAAAGAGAUAUGACCUUGCCAAGCUUAACCCAAAGAUUAUGGAUGUAGGGUGGCCUGAUCUCCAUGCUCCACCUCUUGAUAAGGUGUGCACCAUCUGCAAGGCUAUGGAGUCAUGGCUGAACAGUGAUCCUCAACAUGUGGUGGUGAUUCAUUGCAGAGGAGGAAAAGGAAGGAUAGGUGUAGUCAUAUCAUCAUAUAUGCACUUCACCAGUGUUUCUGCUAGCGCUGAUCAGGCUCUAGACAGAUUUGCUAUGAAGAAGUACUUUGAUGAUAAAGUUUCAGCUUUAAUGCAGCCAUCCCAAAGAAGAUACGUACAAUUCUUAAGUGGCCUUCUGUCUGGAUCUGUGAAAAUGAAUACAAAUCCUCUUUUCCUGCACUAUGUAAUCCUUCAUGGCAUCCCAAACUUUGAUGCUGGAGGAGCUUGCCAGCUUUUUCUGAAGGUAUACCAGGCUAUGCAACCAGUUUAUACAUCUGGAAUAUAUAGUGUAGGGUCAGAAAAUCAAAGCCGAAUCUGCAUAGCUAUAGACCCUGCCCAGCUUUUGAAGGGAGAUAUUACGCUCAAGUGUUACCAUAAAAAGUACCGGUCAGCUACUCGUGAUGUGGUUUUUCGCCUUCAGUUUCAUACUGGAGCCAUUCAAGGACACAACCUGGUGUUUGGCAAAGAUGAUUUGGACAAUGCCAACAAAGAUGACCGUUUCCUUGAUUAUGGCAAAGUGGAAUUAGUUUUCUCAGGAACUCCAGAGAAGAUUCAAGGAUGUGAACACCUUCAGAAUGACUGUGGAGUGAUAGUUGAUUACAGUACCUCAGACCCACUCAUACGCUGGGACUCCUAUGAAAAUAUGAGCCCUGAUGGGGAAGUGCUGCAUACCCAAGGUCCGAUUGAUGGCAGUCUGUAUGCAAAAGUGAGAAAGAAAAGCUCUUCAGACAGCAGCAUCCCUGGUGUUGCUCAGGGUGUUCCCAUGACUGGCAGUCCUGAUCACAGUGAUCAUACCCUGUCUGUCAGCAGUGAUUCAGGACACUCAACAGCUUCCAUCAGGACAGACAAGACUGAAGAGCGCCUUGUGCCAGGAGUCAAACGGGAUCUGAGCCCACAAGAGAAGGCAGAACUAGACCAGCUGCUUAGUGGCUUUGGUCUGGAGGAUUCUGUCAGCACCACCAAGGAUAUGACUGAGGCUCGAAGCAAGUACAGUGGGACUCGCCACAUAGUGCCAGCUCAAGUUCAUGUGAAUGGAGACAAUAAACUGAAGGACAGGGAGACUGAUAUUCUGGAUGAUGAAAUGCCUAAUCAUGACCUUCACAGUGUGGACAGCAUUGGGACUUUGUCUUCCUCGGAAGGGCAGCACUCUAUCCACCUAGGGAACUUGAGUUGCCACAAGAGCAGUCAGAACUCACUUCUUUCAGAUGGCUUUGGAAGUAACACUGGGGAAGAUCAUCACAAUGCUUUUGCCCCAGAUCUGGGAAUUGGUGUGGAUUCCCUCUAUGAGAGAUCAUUUGGAAGCACUGAGCCAAAGUCAACUCAGCAAUUGCAGCGGAAUCCUUCUGUCCCACCCCAGUCUCAAGCCUAUGGCCCAAGUAGCUACUCUACUCAGACCUGGGUAUGCCAGCAGCAGAUGGUCACUGCUCACCAAUAUGGUUUUGCCCCAGAAAAUGAAAUUAUAGUUGACAUUCAUAACACUGUGGAGAAUUCAGGCAGUGUCCAAAGCCAGUACCAAGUCCCAGACACCCCAACAUGUGGCUCUGGUAGCAGAGAUGCUGUACAGAGGGGGCUAGGAAGUGUGCCAGAUAUUGCUGAAGCUGCAGAACAUGCCACUGCUGAGAGUUUUAAGUCAAGGCCAGUACCUCAGAGGGAUACAAAUGGCCUGGAUCUAAGAGGGAAUGCAGGGGAUUUGCCAGCUUCUCCAACUUUGGAUAUUGAUCAGUCAAUUGAACAACUGAACAGGCUUAUUUUGGAGUUAGACCCUACAUUUGAACCUAUCCCGACCCGCAUGAACACUGUCAUCAGGGACAGAAAUCAAGUAAAUGGCUUCACCAGCCUUGAUGUAGGUGUGGAACAGCUUGGCAGAAGUCCUGGCUUCCAUGACAAAUUAGAGGUCACAAACAGGAAUGUGUCCUGGCAUGGUUCUGGUCGUCUCCCAAGGGAAGCAGGAGUCACUGUCAAUUCCCUUCCAUUUGUUAAGUCAGCAACAGGUGUGCAAGAUGAUAAUGCAACAAGGGGAAGGAUCAGAAAAUUAAGUAUUGGGCAGUAUGACAACGAUGUCCCUGGGCAGCCAUCAUAUAACAGGUGUGGAUGGAUGAAGUCUCCUGCUACUGACCAGGCUGUAAAUCCAGGAUCACCAGUUCCUGUAGGGGAGACCAAGCAGAUAGCUGUUGCAUGUUACCAAGAUGAAAUAGAUGGGAGAAUCUUCUCCCCAACAAAAAAUGGAAAUGAAGCCGGGUCAUCCACACCAGCUUUUCCCCUGUCACCAGAGACGUCAUAUGUGAAAACACCUCCACUAUACCAUCAGCAGCUUCCCUCUAGCCAAAAGGUCAGCACCUCGUUUGAGCUGUACAGAACCAGUCCUGAAUCUCAAAGUUGCACAGAAGCCAUUGACCACUCUCUGGUGAUGUCUGACAGCACUGUGGGAACUAACCCUACUUUGUUGAGGGCCAACAUGCAGAUGGAUCCUUCCUUUCAGCAUUGUUUUGCAUCUUCAUAUACUGUUUCAAGUAACAGUCCUAUCCCAGGUGGAGAAAGCUCUUCUGCAACGCAACGUCCUUGGCUUGAAAGCAGUGCUAAAGCUUCCCAGUCACUCCAGCUUUCAGUGGGAAACAGCAGGCUGCCAGGAGGUUACCUUGUGCCCUCUGAAUUUUCAAACACCAUGCAAGAUGUCUCUCUCUUGUCUCAUUUCCAAACACCAGAACUGCAGGUUGUCACCCUGAGCAGCCUGGAGAAUUCACUAGCAGAGCCACAGCAAGAACCCACUUCCAGCAGCAGUACCCGGGCCUACCUGAGCUACAGUGGGGCCAACAUGGGCAGUCGGACCCCCCAAGAGGAGAAGCAAGCUACUUUCAUAGCCAAUACUAGCAUUUCUCCUAAAAGCAUGAGUUUAUCAGUGGCAAGUGCUGAGGACAAUGGCUUUUUGACACAAAACUUUCUUACAGUGACCCCUGGACACGAUAGCCAGAAUAGUGUGGUUCAGCAGCACCAUGGUGGGAACCUACAUACUCAACCACCUCUUCCAGAGAAAAAGAGGACCUCUGAAGGAGAUCGUUCCUUUGCCUCCAUCUCACCUUCUUCAAGUGGCUUCUCUAGUCCCCACAGCGGAAGCACAAUCAGCAUCCCAUUCCCAAAUGUCCUCCCAGAUUUCUCAAAAAUGAUAAGCACUUCCCCAGUGUCAGAAAACACAACUGAUAAACAUGUGACCGUAAAAUUUGUCCAGGACACAUCCAAGUUUUGGUAUAAGCCAGAUAUUUCAAGAGAACAAGCCAUCGCAGUUCUCAAGGACAAGGAACCUGGUUCAUUCAUUGUUCGAGACAGUCAUUCUUUUCGGGGAGCCUAUGGCCUAGCAAUGAAGGUUGCUACACCACCUCCUUCUGUGCUGCAAUUAAACAAGAAAGUUGGAGAUUUGUCAAAUGAACUUGUAAGGCAUUUUCUGAUUGAAUGCACUCACAAAGGAGUGCGCUUGAAAGGAUGCCCAAAUGAACCAUAUUUUGGGAGUUUGACAGCUCUGGUGUAUCAGCAUUCCAUCACUCCACUGGCAUUGCCCUGCAAGCUUCUCAUCCCAGACAGAGAUCCUUUGGAGGAGAUAGCAGAAACUUCUCCGCAGACUGCUGCCAACUCAGCAGUGGAGCUUCUCAAACAGGGUGCAGCAUGUAAUGUUUGGUACCUGAAUUCAGUGGAGAUGGAGUCCCUCACGGGCCACCAGGCAGUACAGAAAGCCUUGAGCCUGACAUUGAUGCAAGAUCCUUCUCCCAGCUCAACUGUUGUCCAUUUCAAGGUGUCUGCGCAGGGAAUCACAUUGACAGAUAAUCAAAGAAAACUCUUUUUUCGGCGACAUUAUCCAGUCAACACUGUUAUUUUUUGUGCUUUGGAUCCACAGGAAAGAAAAUGGAUGAAAGAUGGCCUUUCUGCAAAAGUAUUUGGGUUCGUUGCCAGGAAGCAAGGCAGUGCCACAGACAAUGUAUGCCACCUGUUUGCAGAGCAUGAUCCAGAGCAACCUGCCAGCGCUAUUGUGAACUUUGUUUCAAAGGUCAUGAUUGGAUCCCAGAAGAAGAUCUGAUGCCCCUUCCAUCCUUGAUUCAGAGGUCUAGAGGAUAGCACUGUGAGAGGGAGAAAGCCUAUUCAGCAGCAAUAUCUGAACCUUGUAAUUCCCAAGAAGGAAGGCAGAGGAUAGCCUUAUCUGCAUUAUGCUUGUAAGAGUUCAGCCUUUUCUUUGAAGAUGCCUCUGGCUUAAUAAAGCAUUAUUUCUUUGUUUUUAUAUCAAAGGACAAAACAAAAGAAGCUGGGUGCCAUCCAAGUCCAUGUAGCCCAUACCUGAAUGAAGCAUAAAUGUAAACACUUCUCCUGAAGGGUUUAAAAUAUAUUUUCAGAUGCUGAUUCUCAUAAUUUAUUGAAGCAGAAACACACACUAGAGUGUGCUACUUUUUUGUACAGAAAAUGUUUUGUAUAACCCCCACAAAGACACUUGCUAUAGUUGCAUCAAUGGUAGCUAUAGGCCUUGCAAAUAUGCUCUUAAAAGAAUGAUUGUCUGAGGAAGAAUGUUUCAUCUUUAUGUAAAAUUUUAAUGUAAAAUUAAUGGAUAAAGGGGAAUAUGUAUGUGAAGAGAAAGUUUGUGCAAGCUGAUUUCUGGUAAGAAGGGAACAGCAAUGUGGAAUAUUUAGGGAGAUAGCUCUAUAUCUAGUGUUCUGAAAGCUGAACUGUUUUAGUUUGAAAAAUUUUAAAUAGGGGAGAAGUGACAAAACGAAACAAAAAGUUUGCAUGGAAAUCUGUUCUCUAAUUGGGGCUUUUUUUAAUACAGAGAAAUAAGCUGUAGCUUAAACACAGAGAACUGUGUUUUAAUAAUUACAGGAUAAAAGUGAGGGAACAGCAAAGAAAAAAAGUAUAUGUAUUUUUACUUGUGCCAGUUUAUUUAUAGUAGGUCUCAGAUCUUGAUAUGUCAGAUGGAUGUUCUUAAGCUAGACCAUUGUUAAGUUUUGCCUCUUUAAUGCUAUUUUGCAUAAGUAGAAGUGUGUAUAGCCUAUGCCUUGCUAUAGAGUCUCAUAUUUUAAUUUUUUGUAUUACAGUGACAAGAUACUUCCCAUUUCCCAGCUCCACAAUACUGUUUUGGUUGUAAUACUUGUUCCUCUACCUAAUACAUAGUUACUUUUGUGGAUUCUUUUGGCCCCCUUUUUAUUGGAGUUUUGGGAAUUUGGGGGGUUUUUUAUCUGCAAGAACUAUUUUUUGUUUAUAACAUUUUUCAUAAUUCCUCGAGUUAGGAAAUCCAAAAGGGAAUGAAAUUUAUUUUGUAAUUCUGUCCCAUUUCUUGAGAGCGUUUAUGUAAUGAGUUACAUGACCAUCACAUUUGUACAUAUCUCUGUAUCUUUCUAAACACACGGGUAUUUUAAAUGCAUACGGAAGUGCUAGUUAGCUUUACAGAAAAUUAAUACUGUAGUUUACAGUGAAAAGGUUCAUGAGGAAGGGAAGCUGAUGAGGUCUACUGUAUAAUUCCUGUUCAUACCAAAAAGAGCAGUACUAGACCUCGGUGUCAGAACUGAUGGUAAUAAAGCCUCUGCACUGUCAUAGUGCUUAAAAGUUCCAUUGCCUCUAUGUCUUUGAUGUGUGGCUGUCAACUUUAUUUUAAUAGCCAGAGAAGUAACAUGACACGCUGAUUUUGGUAUGCCAAGCGUGAGGUUCCGGAUUAACUAGGGACUGUACCUACCUGGAGGAUUUAAUCCUUUUACUAAAUAAUGGUUAAAUUGAAUGGGAAACUUUGGUUGGGCUAUAUGGUAAGAAGGUUCCACCGAUUUGAACUACUUUUUCCUAUAUAAAUUAUGAUACAUUUUUUUAUUAGCAGCUCUCUAUUUCCUAAAGUAUUAGGACCAUGGAAACCUUACUUGGUGACCCUAGCCAAAAUCAUUACCAAAUUAUUUGUGUAGCUAUGAAUUUAAUAUAAAUAACUUUUAUAAAAGGAGUGGGUGGGGAACAGAGGGAGGGAGAAGAAAGAUUUGAAGUUUAAUGUAUUUGGACCAGGAAGUAGUGUAUUAGUAGCAGUGGGAGUUGGAUGUUUGUAGAAGGGUGAAGCAAUCCAAAGCCUAGUAGCUACUGUUGAAGCAACAAAAGCAAGUGCCUCUGAUUUGUACCAAAUAAAUCCGGUUUUCUGACUGAGAGGAAUACUACUUAAAUAGUAUUUAUGUACCAUCCAAAAAAGAAUGCAGUAUUUACUUUUAGGAGCUUUGAUCCUUUUGAAACAUGGAAGGACAAAUUUCCUUUUAAUAUUCUUUUAAUGCAUCAAGAACCCAGUUGACUGAACUUAUCAGGCAGUUGAAGCCCAGUGAAUUUCUUCAGCUGAUGUCUCAAUUAGAUUUAAGUCUCAAAUUAGAUUUAAAUCCAAUGUGUUGUGAACUUUGAAAUGAGGAGGAAUUUUUUACUAUAUUUUUUCAUUUCUGCAGACUAUACUUAAAUUUCAGCAUGUCUUGUCAGACACCAGCUGUUGGCCUUUCGGCUGAAAGUGUCUUUUUUUUCCCCAUGUUGUAUCAUUUCCGCUCAGGGCCAUGUUUUUUUAUUCCUUGUGCUUUCUCAAGGCUUUCUCAAGGCCUACUGAAUUCAGGAGCAUAAGGAACAGAAUGCUGGCACUCCUGGUGGAGUUUCCUGGGAGUUUAGGUCUACUUGUUAACUGGGGAAAAAAGAAUUUGCCCUGUUUGUAAGGGAGGUCUUUUAUUAUGCAUUCCUUUGGAUGGUAUAUUGCCACAUGCUUUUGCUUUUUAAUGAAUUAAAAAUGCACAAAGCAAAAUAGCUCAGAAUGUACCAUUGUGUAGUGUAUGUAGAAAGAUAUUCACAAAACUUCUGUUAAUGUCAAAUGCAAGACUAAAUAGCUAACACAGCACUUUCAGGGUUUUUGGUAAUGUGUAUAUGCAGUUUCAUAACUAAUGGCAGCAAGUUUUAAACAUGUAUUUAGCCAGACUCAUAUUAACCUGCUUAGUAAAUGUACUGCUAUAAUCGUACAGUUUUAAACUACAAAAAUGCUGAAAGCCCUGUUUUUAAUUAAGUGUGUAUCCAGCAGUAUCAUUAAAAAUUUAAUGUUUCCUUCUUGGAUUUACCUGCUAGUGAAAAUUUUUGCCUUUUUAUUGAAACUGUAUAGAAGCAUCAAAAGGUCUCCAGUAUGUAAAUGAAUGUUCUAUAAAUUCUUUGUAUAGUCAUUUUCUCUGCUCUUGAGAUAUCACCUCUAUUGAAAUGAUAAUAAAAUUAGGAAUGUGAAAUUUCGUAACACAA